AUCCGGACCAUCCAGACCUCCAUCCAUCCGGACCAUCCAAGGUUAAGGGAGUUCUAGAUAUGGUUUAUGUACAACUGGAGCCUCUGGAGGAUCCUGAUGGAGAGGUUCACCAGCAGCUACAGAUACCUGGUGCUGCUCAUCAACUGAUCUCUGAAUAUGAUGCGUUUUCCUGAUGGAGACUUUCCUUCAUUCGCCUUCAUCUAAACCAACCCGUUUACUCUCUGAAUCACACACUCAGGUUUUAAUGAUGAAGCUGUCAGUGUUGUUGCUGCUGGCCCUGCUGGGCCUGUCCUCAGCCAGCCUGCAGGAAAUCAUCAAGAAGGGUGUCCAGCACAGAAAAGUUUCCUUGCUGAACCCUGAGCUGGAGGACCGGGUACCAGAACCAACUGAUAACAUCAUUUUGGGACCCCUGUCUCCAGCUGACCUGGAGCAGCAGCAGGAUCUGCCGUCGUCCUUCCUCUUCGGUGACAAUGUGAACCUGGAAUGGCUGACCUGGGACGGCUCCCUUCCCAAUGGAGCUGUUUCCAUCUACAAUGGCUAUACCAAGCGCACCGACUACGUCUGCAAAUACAAGUGUGAAGCUGGCUUCUACAACCCAAGCCUGGGCCCUUACUGCCGCUAUCCGUAUGGAGACCGGGAGUAUUAUGCUCCUGAAUUUGAGCUCCUGACCAACAAAGACAACUUUGAGUUCCUGGAAUGGAAAGAAGGGUCGUAUGGUUCGGUGCCACAGCAUUCAGUCCGGACCUGCACAAGCACUAGUAUCUACGUUGGAAAGAACAAGUAUGGUCUGGGAAAGGUUGUUCCUCAGUUUGAGGCUUUCUUCCUGCCCUGGGAGGGUGACGAGUACUGGUAUAAGAAAUACCAAGUCUUGACCAUUAACAGGGACGUCUACACUCAGCACAUUACUGAUGUCAAGUAUGCCAUUGAUGAGGUUGCCAUCUUCCAGUAUCCUCCUGAGACAAUGCGCAUCUCAGGAGUCACCAACAACGAGUGCCAGGCCAUUGUGAAGAGAGUUACCAUCUCCAAGACUUCAGAGGUGGAGACCACCUGGAAUAUCGGCCGAGCCACGAUGCUAGGCAUCACAGGAAGCAUCACGGCCAAGAUCCCCCUCAUCGGCUCCGGAGGCAUUGAGCUGAGUGGCGAGAAGACGCUGCAGUUCUCCAGAGGAACGACGGUGGUGGAGUCGCUCAGCCACUCCGUGUCUGUGGAACUCACGGUCCCACCAAACCACUCCUGUAGGGUCCAUAUGGAGGGGCGCAAGAUCAAGGCUGACAUCCCCUACACGGCGAGGCUCAGUAGAACGUACCAGAAUGGGGAGACCCAGUGGACGUCCAUCUCUGGGACGUACGAUGGCGUUCAGAUCGGGGAAGUUCGGGCUGUGGUGGACCGCUGUGAACCUGUGGCUGAUGCCAAACCCUGCCCCUGAAAGACUGAAGAAGACACACCGGAUUACAUCUGAAACAUUUAUGGUCAU